AUGGGUUCAAGUUCCGAUAAUGAUAAGAAAAUUUCAAUUGACUCUCAAUCAAAUGAAUCGACAACAACAAAAGAAAAUCAAUUCUUAAUAGUUUUGAAGAAUUUGAGCUGGCAAGACUUUGAAAAUAUUGGUAAAAUUCCGUGUGCUCGUAAAAGUUUCUUAUACGGAAUCGGAGGAGGGGCGACCGUCGGUUCAUUAAGGACUAGUAGCAGAGGCAAUUCAGUCAAUAACGACGCUCACCAACUUUCAUUACAAAGCUUAUUAGAAAGUGCUUCUGCUGCAGUCACUUCACAUACACUGCUCAGCAACUUUGACGAAGAUCAAGUUUCUCUGACUUUCCCCUUCGCUUCGUCAUCCCACAUUACUUCUCCUUCAAAUUCAAGUUCCUCUUUCCCUACGGACGAAUUACGAAGUCAAACAGGUGGCUAUCACCCUCGAGACGAAGUAGACGACUACCCUCAAGCUAGUGAUUCGGAUUCGGAUUUGCGUUCGCCUAAACGUUUGCGACUCGAAGAAAUUACAGAAAUACAACCAGCAAUGAGAAUCAACCAAGGUGAAAAUGGUGUAGGAGGUAGCACUAACGGUGUUUCUCUUAAUAGUAGUAAUGGGGAUUCUCAAAAUGCAACCAACGGUCAAGCAUUGACUGACAGUAGAAUGCAAAGAACCCGACAACAAGAGUUGGUUAGGCUAAUGGUUCAAGCAAUGCAAGACAUGGGUUAUAGUCAAUCUGCUGCUACACUUGAACAAGAGUCGGGUUUUCCACUUGAAAGCUCUGCAGUUGCAAAAUUCAGGGAUGGUGUCUUGAAGGGAGAUUGGGCUUUAGUAGAAAGUCUUUUCCCGACAUUGGAGCUAGAUCAUAACAAAGAUGUUGUGGUUGUAAGAUUUUUGAUUCGGCAACAAAAAUAUCUUGAAUUAUUGGAAGCGCGUCAAAUCAAGAAAGCUUUAAUUGUAUUGAGGAAUGAACUCACUCCACUUGACUUUAACUUGGAAAGACUUCAUUCUUUAUCAAGUAAUGCGGAAGACUUGAGACGCAGAGCUGAAUGGGAUGGUGCAAAAGGAACGUCACGCCAAAAAUUAUUAGUGGAGAUUCAAAAGUACAUUUCGCCUUCAAUUAUGGUUCGCGAACACCGUCUUGAGACAUUAUUGGAACAAGCAACUACUCUACAACGUAUAUCAUGUCUUUAUCAUAACACGAACGAAUACAUUUCAUUAUAUUCUGAUCAUGUUUGUGACAGACAACAUACUGAUGAAGUUUGGUAUGUUGCAUUCUCUAAUAAUGGGAGGUUCCUUGCUUCUGCAUCAAAAGACAAGACAGCUAUCAUAUGGAGUCUUGAGACCUGGAAUUUAGUUCAUGUGCUCAGAGAUCACAUGGACUGUGUGUCCUUUUUAUCAUGGUCUCCAGAUGAUUCAAAGAUCUUAACCUGUGGUCAGGACAAUGUCUUAAAACUUUGGAGUGUGGAGUCGGGUGAAUGUUUAAACACCAUUAAAAAACAUGAAGAACCUGUGACCGCAUGUGCUUGGCUUCCAGAUGGAAAACGUUUUAUUUCUGGAAGCCAGGAUAAAAAUACUUAUUUAUGGAACUUGGAUGGUACAAUUGUUCAUAAGUGGUCCGGUGCGCGAAUAGCUGAUUUAGCAAUUAAUAAAGAAGGAACUAGAAUGGUCGCAAUUUGUCAUGAUAACAAAUUACAUAUAUAUGACCUUGAAACAAGAAAAGAAGAAGCGAUAAUGGACGAAAACGCGAAACUCACCUCGAUUUGUUUAUCGAGUGAUUGCAAAUACGCUUUGUUGAACCUAUCCACAAAGGAAAUUCAUUUAUGGGAUAUUGAUGAAAGGCGGAUUGUGCGAAAGUAUUUUGGCCAGAAACAAGGAAGAUUCGUCAUACGAUCUUGUUUUGGUGGAAUAGAUCAAGGGUUUAUCGUUAGCGGAAGUGAAGAUUCCAAAAUUUACGUUUGGCAUCGCGAACAUGCAGAUUUGAUAGAAACACUGUCUGGGCACAAAGGUUCAGUUAAUAGUGUUAAUUGGAGUCCAAUCGACCCGUACAUGUUUGCUUCAGCUGGAGACGACAAAACUAUUCGAAUAUGGGGACCGCCAAGUUCUGCUGACCAUAAUGGAAAAAUGAAAACACCAUGA